UCCUCCAAAAUCGUAAUAGAGAAACUCACCAAAAACAUCAACUCCGCUCACCUUCGGGAAAUCUUCAGCACCUACGGCACCAUCUCCGAGCUUGAAAUGCCACUAAACCCGCAAUUCAUGAUGAACAAAGGCAUAGCCUACAUCAUGUACACCCAGCCUGCGUACGCGGAAGCGGCGAUCGCGCAUAUGCACGAGGCGCAGCUGGAUGGGGCGUUGAUCAAUGUGAGCGUG